UGAGAGAAAAGUAGAAAAAUUACAGACCAUGCACCAGGAUUUUUUACUAUAAACUCUGGUGUUAUAAUGAUUUUCACUCACCCUCUCUCUCUCUUAAACCAAAUUCUUUGAUUUUACCCUAUAAAAGAAUAGUUAAGCUCUCCAUCGAGUCCAACGGUAAUUUGAAAAAUGAGCCUUCCCGCCUCCACAGCCACAACCAUCCAACAACUCUCUACAUUAUCAUCCCUUCACACACAAUAUCCCAACUCAACCCAACCCACCUUCCCUGACUCUAAUCACAACCUAUUCCUCAACAGGAACACUACAAAACACCAUGUUAGCUUGAGACAAACCGACAACAAAACCCCCAUUGACCCCACAGUCUCAUGGACCUCUUCCAUAGCUCGCCACUGCCGCAAUGGCCGACUCGUCGAAGCAGCUAGAGAGUUUUCCCGCAUGAGAUUAGCCGGUGUCGAACCCAACCACAUCACUUUCGUAACUCUUCUGGUAGCUUGUGCUGAUUUUCCUUCAAAGACUCUGUCUUUUGGGGCGUCUGUACAUGCCUGUGUUCGUAAGCUGGGUUUGGAUACGAGUAAUGUAAUGGUGGGUACGGCCCUUGUCGGUAUGUACUCCAAAUGUGGUCAAGUAGAUCUCGCAAGAUUGAUUUUUGAGGAGAUCUCUGUGAAAAAUAAGGUGUCUUGGAAUACUAUGAUUGAUGGGUACAUGAGGAAUGGCGAAGUUGAGGUUGCAAUCGAGCUGUUUGAUAAAAUGCCGGAGAGAGACGUGGUUUCUUGGACGGCUUUGAUUGGUGGGUUCGUUAGGAGAGGCGAGUUUGAGCAUGCUUUGGAUUCGUUUCAAGAAAUGCAGCUCUCUGGGGUGAAGCCUGAUUACGUGACCAUCGUUUCUGUACUCUCAGCGUGUGCCAAUUUGGGAACACUUGGCUUAGGCUUAUGGAUAAACCGGUUUGUGAUGAAGCAAGAUUUUCGAGACAAUGUUCGAAUAAAUAAUUCAUUCAUAGACAUGUAUUCUCGAUGUGGAUGCAUUGAAUUUGCCCGUCAAAUUUUUCAAAAAAUGCCUAAAAGGACCUUAGUCUCAUGGAACUCAAUCAUUGUGGGCUUUGCAAUUAAUGGCCAUGUGGAGGAGGCUCUUGAAUUCUUCAACUUGAUGCAAAAUGAAGGGUUUGAGCCAGAUGGGGUGAGUUUUACAGGAGCUCUCACUGCGUGUAGCCAUGCUGGUUUAGUUGAUGAGGGACUGAAGUUCUUCGAUCUCAUGAAAAGAGUCCAUAAAAUCUCCCCACGAAUUGAGCAUUAUGGAUGCAUAGUGGAUCUUUAUAGCCGAGCAGGGAGAUUAGAAGAGGCCUUGAAUGUAAUAGAAAACAUGCCCAUGAAGCCAAAUGAAGUUGUGUUGGGGUCAUUGUUGGCUGCGUGUAGGAAUCAAGGGGAUGUGGCCUUAGCUGAGAGGUUAAUGAAUUAUCUUGCAGAGUUGGAUCCUGGUGGAGAUUCUAACUAUGUGCUCCUUUCAAAUAUAUAUGCUGCUAUUGGAAGUUGGCACAACGCAAGCAAUGUGAGGAAGAAAAUGAAGGCUCUCAGGAUACAGAAGAAACCAGGAGUCAGUUCAAUUGAAGUUGAUUGUAUCAUUCAUGAAUUUGUUGCUGGUGAUAAAUCCCAUUUGGACGCAGAAUAUAUUUAUGCAACGUUAGACCAUCUGUCACUUGAUCUGAGAAUGUCCGGGUAUGUUCCUGAAACAAAUGUAAAGGAAUCUUCUGAAUAUCACUGAAACUAUUUGAGUUCAAAUAUUUGUGAACAAUAGCACUUUGAAUGCAUUAGUCAAUGUGAAAAUUCAAUUUGUUGUACAGGAUGAAAAAUGUCUAGUUUAAACAUUCUUGAGAUUAUGCUAAGUCAAUAAAUUAUGUAAAGAGAGAUUUGUUGGGUACUUGAAAUUU